AUGCCACGGCCUGACGUCUCACCUCUCACGGUCCUGAACGCUACGGCGUGGACAUCAUGGCUCGCCAAAAACGCACAAAAAUCCAGUGGAGUCUGGUUGACGCUUGCGAAGAAAGGGGUGACGUCGCCGACGUCGCUUACGUACUCUGAAGCACUGGACGAAGCGCUAUGUUACGGAUGGAUCGAUGGACAAAGGAAAAGUUGUGAUGAGAAGACUUUUGCUCAACGGUUUACACCGCGGACUGGGAAGAGCGGUUGGUCUAAAAGGAAUGUGGGGAUUGUUGAAAGGUUGGAAAAGGAAGGGAGGAUGAAGGCUGGUGGGGUUGCAGCUGUUGUUGCAGCUAAAGCCGAUGGGAGGUGGGAGAGGGCGUAUGCUGGAUCAGCGACUGCGGUUGCUGAUCCGGCGUUUUUGGAGGCGUUGGAAGGGAAUGGAGUUGCCAAAAGGGCUUAUGAAGGGUUGAGUAGUCAGAAUCGGUUUGCGAUUUAUUUGAGGUUGUUGCAGUUGAAGACUGAGGCGGGGAGGACGAGGAAGAUACAGGAGUUUGUGGUGAUGUUGGAGAAUGGGGAGACGAUAUAUCCGCAGAAUUCGAAAGUCAUGGAGGAGGAUAAGGAUGGACAGAAGGAGGAGCAAGGUAAGGGUAAGGGUAAGGCGAAGAGAAUUGCUACUAGUGAGAGCGGGGAUGAAACCACGCCGUCGGUUCAAAAGCGGGCGAAGAAGGGAAAGGCGGAAGCUAGCAAGGUUGAGGUUGGGACUAAAGUUGUCGAAGAGAAGGUUGAACCACGUCGACGACAGGGGUUACGACAACGGAAGGAGAAACCUUGA